UCGGUCUGCAGUCGCCCCGGGCAGGCGGGGCGGAGUGGGGGCGCUCCCAGUAAAUAUUUAUACUCACCCGGUCGGCGGUCAGCGGUCAGCCGGAGCGCCAGAGCGACCACGGCAGCCGAGCGCGGUCAGAACUGAGACUGCAGUGACGGACGGGUCAACAUGGCGACACGGACCGAACACCUCCUCCUGGUGGCUGCACUGCUGCUGGUCACAGGGGCCGGUCCGGCGGCGGCCCGCUCCUGCAGGGACGGCUGGCAGCGGCCCGGCGUCUGCGUCAGCCUGCGCUCCUGCACCUCCAUGCAACAGCUGAUCCGACGAAAACCCAGCAGCGAAGAUAUCGCCCGCAUCAAGGGCAGCAUCUGCUCCACACAGGGAGGGCUGGUGGUCUGCUGCGCUCUUCCCACGCCGACCACCACCACCACGACCACCACGACCACCACGACCCCGGCGCCGCUCGACCUGUCCCAGUUCGACCCCAACACGCCCGAGGGCAACCCGAAGCGGCUGCUGCUGCCGCGCGACUGCGGUGUCCUGUUCACGGAGCGGAUCGUCGGCGGCGAGGAGGCGCAGCUGGGCGGACACCCGUGGCUCGCGCUGCUCGGCUACAAAGACGAGGCCACUUACGACUACUACAGCUACUACUACGAGGAGGCCGGAGAAGCGGCCGAGCCUACCGAGCCCAAAAUCAAGUUCAGCUGUGGAGGCGUGCUGAUUAACGAGCGAUACGUGGUGACCGCUGCCCACUGCAUACCGAAGCCCGGCAAGGGCGAGAUUUUGAAAAUCCGGCUGGGGGAGCACAACCUCGAGACGGAGGUGGACUGCGCGGUGUCGCCGUUUAACAACAAGACGACCGAGUGCAACGACCCGCCGGUGGACGUGGCCCCGGAGCGGAUCAUCAAGCACCCGCAGUACGACCGGCCGGAGAAGAGCUGGAACGACAUAGCGCUGAUUCGGCUGCAGACGCCCGUCACCUUCUCCAACUGGGUGCGGCCCAUCUGUAUGCCGUUCGGCCCGUGGCGGACCAGCGAGCUGCCCAGAGACGACGCCAUCGUGGCCGGCUUCGGACUCACCAAGGCCUACGGCGACACCAGCCCGACCCUGCAGGAGCUCAAGGUGCCCAUGGUGAACCUGACCAGCUGCCGGUCCACGUACUCGCGGCUGCGCGCGCGGCUCGGUGCCACGCAGCUGUGCGCCGGCGGCAACGUCGGCCAGGACUCGUGCGAGGGCGACUCGGGCGGGCCGCUCAUCAUGCACGAGCGCUACGGGCCGCCGUUCCAUCUGAUCGGGGUGACUUCGUUCGGGGCGACCAACUGCGGCCAGGGCGCCACGCCGGGCGUCUACACCAAGGUGUCCGAGUACCUCGACUGGAUCCUGCAGAACAUGGCACCCUAGAGGGCGGCGGGCGCCAUCGUCAGCUGUCGGCUGAGGUACCCUGAGGUAGGUACCGCCGCGCGCAGCCACCAGCCGCUCGACAGGGUACUGCGGGACGUCGCACCGCUUGGAGGCGCCGCGAGCGCCUUGCACUGUGUGUAAACUGUGUCAAAUUAUAUCUAUCUGGAUGUGUUGAUGUGAGAGGACUUGGAGCACGUCAAAAUUACUUUUCCGGUGUAUUGCAAGAGUGAAAUAAGAUAUGAAGCUCGAAGACUUCUUGAUACUGAGCGGGAACUUCGAGAUCGGUCAUAUAUGUAAGACCAGGCGCGGUCUAUUUUCAGAGAUAAGCGGGCUGUGUAAAUUUUAGCUUAUAUGUGAACAGAUGCUGACCAGAGAUUUCAAAACUACUCCGCAAAGUCGUCCCAUGCCAAUCUGGCGAUCCAAUACAUCAGAAAAAGUCAGCAUGUGAAGGCAACUGGUAGGUAUGAAUUCAACCGCAUCCAAAAUGUAAUAUAACGGAGUCGUCUAUGAAACAUUAAUGAAAAUGAUAAAUUAUUAACAGUGCAAUCAUAUUUAAAUAGAAUAUGUAAGAUAAUAUUUGAGAGCUGCUUCAUCAGCCUAUACACGUGGCUUAAGUUGACGCCGUCUAUAAGGCAGUGCUUCCCAUUGAAGAACACGGCAGAAGUGCAUGCAUAUACAUAAUAUAAAUGCAUGCGUAAAUUUAAACAGGAUAUGUGUGCGUAUCUCACCGUCAUUUGUGCGGCAUGUGUAAAAUAAAGCUACGAAUAAG